AAUCGUGAGUUGUAAUGCGAUUUGUGCACCAUGGGUCCAGAUCCUAGUGAAUCAUUCAGAGAGCUUCGACCUGUCUGUAUAAAGCUAUCAAAAGAUCCUUCACCACAAAAUAUCAAAGAUUUGGAGGCUAAGCUGCAGAUUUUAAACCCAUCUCACCUCACCCAGCUGGUAGAGUACGUGUUGUUUCCUGUAAAACUUGCCUUACAGAGCGGCAGUGCUACCAACGAAGUUCAAGAAACAGUGGUUGGAUGCAUUGGAACUCUCUUCAGACAUGCACGUGUUUGUCAGCUGAGUACGUUUGAAGAAAUGUUUAAUUACAUGUGCAUGCUUCUUAGUUCAAAGGAAGGAGGUCCUGGUCACUUGGCUGAUAUUCCCGAAGAACUCAAGCUGGCUAUCGUCAAAUGUCUCUCUUGCCUUCUCCAGAGCCCAUCACUCGUGGUCAGAGGUGCAUUUUAUUCACCUCGUCUCCUUCCAGUUCUUGGGCAUUCAGUUAGUGUGUUGCUGGCAUUGUCAGAAAACGAAAAAGCCAGAAAUUUGAGAGUGUGUGCUCUUGAGUGCCUCGGUCAUUUGGCUUGUUGUAACGAAAAUUUUGGUGGGCAGUCAGAGGACGGAAACGAUCCUGAACAAGAGGACAGGCUUGCACUACAAGAUGCAAUCAAGGAUUCCAUAGCACAAGCGUUUGGUUCAUUUGUACCUGGAAUUUCAACAGCUUUGUGUCGAAUCAUCACAAAAGACACCAAACAAGGCCAUGUGGUUGUUACACAGGCCAUCUCUUUAUGGGGUGAUGUUCUUUCUUUAGUGAUGAAUGACAAGCGUUUGCCAAUGAAACAAUCAGAGGAUAGAGACAUCAUUACUCAGCUUAUGUCUUUGGCAACUGCAGAUGAAUUUACUAAAUCAAAGGAAAACACAAAACAAGAAAUUUCAAACUCAAAUCCAGGAGGAUAUGAUAAAAUAGGACAGCUUAAAGUUAACAGAACUUUAGGGUGGUUUCAGGACACUGGAUCAAAAUUAAAAAUUGUCAUUGGAAGACUUAGUAUUAUUUCUGCACACCCUAACUGGAAAGUACGACUUUCAUUGGCAAAGUUCUGCGACAAACUUCUUGAAAACUGUAAGGACUCCUUAGAAGUUUGUGCAUCUACUCUGGUUGAUCUCUUGGUUGGAUUGACUGAGGAUGAAUAUUCACAAGUGGUAUCUCUCAGUAAAAAAGCCCUGCACAAACUCUCUGAAAGACUUGGAAAUGGUCCAAGCCAACUUAACUCCCUAUUGGAAGAGAACCUUCAUUUAGCAUUGACGUCACUCCCACGACUCAUGAGAACAGGGGAUGAUGGGAAAAAAAUCCAAAGCCUAAACCUUGUUCUUGGUUAUUUAAGCCUCCUUGGUCACAGGCUUUAUAACUUGCUGAAUUCUUCAUCUUAUUUAAAGAGACUUUCUCUAGCACUGAUUCAGGUUCUAGAGUUUGAUGUUGGUGAUGUGGGAAUUGUUGAAGAAAAAACACCAUCUCUAUCAGAAACAGCAGUUCUACCAUCAGAGACAAAAGGGGAGAACCCUAUGUCAUACCCUGUUCACCAGUUCACAACCAGCACUUAUCCUAAAUACCACUUCAAGCAUUUCACAGAUGAAAAAGUUAAGGCGGCAGUGAACCAGAUUUGCCACAUCAUUGGUUACCAUGGCAACCUUGCUCUUAUGGUUGAUCACUUCCUUGAUUUGUUUCAUGAGUCUAAGCUGUACCAGAAGCAAGCUGUUUAUAUAAUGAGUGAGAUUGUAGUGGGUUCCUCACGAGGAGUGGCGGACGAGAAAACAACUUUUUGUAAUGGAAGAGACGAUGACAACCACCUGUUUAAAAACCAGAGAACAAACCAGAAAGAGCUACAUAAUACUGUAGAACUCUUAAUUACUGAGUACAUUUCUGACAUUAACUGGAACUUGGUGAUAUCAAAUCCUCCAGUAAAACCUUCACGUAAAGCUGUUGCAUCAGAACCCCACGAUUUCCUCACUGUCAAGAAAGAGACCAAGCUACCCAAAGCACUACCUUUUGAAGCUUUGAACAGCAAUGUGCUUCUCAGCUGUUUGUUGCUGGAAGCAAUAGGGGUGUUUUCAAUUGUCAUUUCUUCGCAAUUUGAGCAGUACCUUAUGAAGGUUCUUUACCCAAUCAUGGUGAAGCUAGGAAGUGACAAUGCCACUGUAAGUUGCUCAGCCUAUGAGACUCUGGUGAAGAUUUGUCAGAGCUGUGGGUACAUGUCAGUAGAUGAGCUGAUAGCCAGAAAUGCUGACUACCUGGUGAAUUCCAUAUCACUGGAUUUCAAAUAUGUCUUCAUGAAUUGCCAAGCUCCUUGUGUGCUCAGAGUUAUGAUUCAGUACAGUAACUCAGGAAUUCUUUCUAUUAUUGAGGACACCCUCAUGGAUAUAUUUUCAGUUAUUGAUCUUUAUCCUGAAGAGCUGCUGUACCUAUUGAUGAAAGUGUUAAAUGUACUUGUUCUUAUGAUAAAGAAGUGGUUUCCAGCUCCAGUGAAAGAAGCAGUGAUCAAGGACCCUAAGAAUAAGGAACCAAUCAGCAUCUGCCAAGAGGUACAGAAUUCAAAGUUCAACAAAGAUGAGGAAACUAACACAACAGCAGAGGAGAUUCGGCAAUAUUUCCUGAAUUAUCACAAAAGGAAGCAACAAGCCACAGGAUACGUGGACGAAAAAGAGCUUGAGGAAACAGAAGUAAAGGAACAGGAGGAAAAUAUGGAAGAAGAACAUUUUGAGGCGGACAAGAAGCCUGAAGUGCCAAGACAUGUUAAAUACGUAACACUGGUGCUGGAAAAAUGUGUACAUUUCCUGUCGUCAAAGUCGCCAUGGCUACGUCUCCUAGUGCUGGACACGAUUGGCAUUGGUGUUCAAGCCAUUAGUCAGUCUGACGACCAACUCCUUCCCAUGAUUCACCGCUUGUGGCCACCAAUGGUGAAGAGAUUCACAGAUGAUGAACGGGUGGUAACGAUUAAGGCUGUUUCUGUAUUGUGCACCAUGGCUAAAGCCACAGGAAGCUUUAUGUACCGUCGAGUUAUCAAGGACACCAUUCCAUCCAUGACUGCUUUUCUUGAUAAACAAGCAUCAGUGAGCCUAAAGGCCGGCCCAGUCUACUCUCAGUCCCAGUCAUUCAAGCAGCAGCUGGCUGUGUUAAAGGGCCUGGGACGGUUGUGUAAACAAUUAGAAAUUGGUGAAGCAACGCUUUGUUCUGUGGUGUGGGUUUGUACCCAGUACCUCAGCAGUCGGCAACCCAAGCUACUACAACAAGCGGCAGUUGAUGCAUUUAGAGACUUUUCUUCAGUUGAUCCAGACUUAAUCUGGCUGAGUUUAAGUGACCUGUACUGCCCGGAAGGACUUACUCCACCUCAUGAAACAUUGCGGCCGGUCCAACUGGCAGGAGUUGUUCCACAAAGCAAAGAAUAUGCUGAGAAUGUGAACAUUCUGUUAUCCACCCUGUGAACAGCAG